AUGUCAGAUUCCAGCGACAGCGAAGUUGAAUUAAAAAAAAAAUUAAAUAAAGAUGAUGAUGAUAGUAAUUCAUCAGAUUCAGAUAGUUCAUCAUCAUCAUCUUCAGACUCAGAAAGCUCAUCAUCAGAGUCCGAAUCCGAAUCAUCAUCAGUUUCAUCAUCAGAAUCAGAAAAAAAAAAAGUUUUAUUUGAUAAUGAAGAUUCAGACGAAGAUAAUGAAUUCAAAAUUAACGAAGAUUUUGUUCAAAAGUAUGCAAAGAAACAUGAAAAUAAUGAAAAGUCAUCUGCUGCCACAACUAUGGAAGAAGAUGAGGAUAGUGAGGAUGACGAUGCUAAAUAUGACACAAAGAACAAGAAUGAUAUUUUCCUCUCUCUUUUACCAUUAUUAACAGCUAAAAAUAAAACUGAAAUUUUAAAAAACAAAGAUAUCAAAUUCUUUAAUAGGGAAAGUGAUGAUGAUGCAUCAGAAUCAGAGUCAAAAAAAACUGAAGAAAAAAAAAAGGUUACUUUAAAAGAUUAUCAAAGAGAAAAAAUUUUAAAAUCCAUCGAUAAAGAAUCAUACGAAGAGUCAGAUGAAGAAGAACUCGAUUUCGAUUCACUUCCACACAACAAACAACAAGAGCAAUUAAAGAAAGCUUUUCUAGAUGCAUCAAAGAAAACUCAAAAUGACGACGAUGAUGAAGACAGCGACAUUGAUGAAUUUUUAGUAAAAAGAAAAAAAUCAGAAGAAGAAGAGUUAAAUGAAGAAAAAGAAUUUGAAGAAUUUAAGAAACGUUUAGAAAAGACAAAUUCACCAUUGGUCCAAGAAGAAGAAACUAUUAGUGAUUUCUGGAAAGGUAAAAAUGCUAAUCAAGAUGAAAAAUUCCUCAGAGAUUACAUUUUGGGCCAAAAAUGGUUAUCAGAUAAAGGAAAGCUUCCAACCUACGAAGAGAUUAUGAAGGAAAUGGAGCAAGAUGAAGGUGAAACAAAUAAACAAGAUGAUUUUGAAAGAGCAUUCAAUUUUAGAUUUGAAGAACCAGGUGCUGCUCUUAUCGUUGGUCACCCACGUCAUAUCGCAGAUUCAGUCAGAAGAACCGAAUCAGCAAGAAAAUCAAAGAGAGAGAAAAAGAAAGAAAGAAAAGAAAAACGUGCUCUUCUCAAUCAAGAAAAAAUUAAAAACCUCAAGAACAUUAAGAAGAAGGAAAUUUUAGAAAAAAUUAAAGAAAUCAAUGGUAUCACUGGUUCAAAACUUUUCGAUUUAGAUUCUGUCGAUAUCAAAAAAAUCGACCCAGAAAUUAUGUUAAAAGCAGUUGGUAAAAAAUUAAAAUCAAAUAACGAUGAAGAAUAUCAAGAGGAUUUAGGUGAGGAAUAUAAUGGUGAAGAGGGUGCCGAAGACUACAAUGGCGGUGAAGAAGAACAUUAUAACGAAGACGAUGAACAAUAUUAUAACGAUGAAGAUCAUUAUGAAAAUGAGAAAAAUGGUAUGGACUUCAACAAAUUAAUUGAAUCUGGUUACUUUGAUGAUCAAUUUGAAGAUGAUGGUGAGGUAUGGUCAGAUGAAAGAAUGUCAAAAGAACGUCAAGAGCUUGAAGAUAUGUUGGAUAAAUAUUAUGAAAUGGAUUAUCAAGAUAUUUUAGGCGAUGAUACUCCAGUUCGUUUCAAAUACACAAAGGUACAACCAGAUACUUCAAUUUCAGUUGAUGAUAUUUUAGAAAAAGAUGAUAGAGAAUUAGAAAAGAUUGUUCCAAUCCAAAAAAUUGCAACCUAUUAUAACUCUGCAUUCAAAUAUCGUGGUAAAGCCGAUAAAAGAUAUUUCGAUAAAGAUAGUAAAUAUCUUACUUCAUCAACCAAAAAGACCAAUUAUAACAGUAAAUAUAAUAAUAAUAAUAAAAAAUCAACUAAUACCAAUGAUAAUAGUAAUAAUAAUAAAAACAUCAAUAACAAUAAUAAAAAUAAGAAUUUCAACAACAAUAAUAAAAAUAAUACCGAGAUCAAAAAUAACAAUGACGAUUAUAAUAACAAAAAUAAUAACAACAAAUUUAAUAAUAACAACAAAUUCAAAAAUGAUAAUAAUAAUAAUAAUAAUAAUAAAUUUAAUAAUGAACCAACCAAUACUGUUUCAGCCGAAAAUGAAGGUGAAAAGAAAAGAAAGGCUAAGAAUAAAAACAAAGCUCCAAACAAGUUCCAAAAAGUUGAAUAA